AUGGCUUCUCGCUUCUUCACCUCCUCUUCCUUCCAUACGCGCUUUUCUUCUCUCCCUCCUACUCUCACAAAAACCAGUUCGGUUCCAAUUGCGGCUACUCCAAGGGCGUUUAUGUCUUCUUUCUCUACCACCGAAGCUUUUCAGAAAAGUGAAAGUUCCACAGCUUAUAGUUCUGAUCAAAUUCAGGUUCUUGAAGGCUUGGAUCCCGUGAGGAAAAGGCCCGGGAUGUACAUUGGAAGCACUGGCCCACGAGGGUUGCAUCAUUUGGUGUAUGAAAUUUUGGAUAAUGCUGUUGAUGAAGCCCAAGCUGGGUUUGCUUCCAAGAUUGAUGUUGUUUUGCUUGCAGAUGAUUCUGUGAGCAUUACCGACAAUGGUCGCGGGAUUCCUACUGACUUGCAUCCAGUUACAAAGAAGUCUGCCUUGGAGACAGUGUUGACGGUCUUGCAUGCUGGUGGAAAAUUUGGUGGUGCCAACAGUGGGUACUCUGUUUCAGGAGGUUUGCACGGUGUUGGUUUGUCUGUUGUUAAUGCCUUGUCUGAGUCACUAGAGAUAACAGUUUGGCGUGAUGGAAUGGAAUACACACAAACAUAUUCUCGCGGAAAGCCAGUGACUAUUCUGAAAGCCCUUGUACUUCCGGAUGAAAGGAAAGAUAUUAGAGGAACACGUGUCAGAUUUUGGCCUGACAAAGAAGUGUUCACCACUGCUAUUCAGUUUGAUUACAACACAAUAGCUGGACGCAUUAGGGAGUUAGCUUUCCUCAACCCAAAGCUUACAAUCACGCUUCAGAAAGAGGACAAUGAUCCAGAUAAAGUUCAAUAUAACAAAUAUUUCUAUGCUGGGGGGUUGGUUGAAUAUGUGAAAUGGCUCAACACAGAUAAGAAAGCACUUCAUGAUGUUUUGAGUUUUAGAAAAGAAAUUGAUGGCAUCACAGUUGAUAUAGCUUUUCAAUGGUGUGAAGAUGCAUAUUCAGAUACAAUACUGGGAUAUGCUAAUAGUAUACGCACUAUUGAUGGUGGUACUCAUAUUGAUGCCAUGAAGGCUUCUAUAACAAGAACGUUGAAUGGCCUAGGAAAGAAGUCAAAAGUUAUUAAGGAUAAGGAUAUUACUUUAAGUGGUGAGCAUGUAAGAGAGGGUCUAACAUGUGUUGUCUCAGUCAAGGUCCCAAACCCUGAGUUUGAAGGACAGACAAAGGUAUUACCUACUUUACGAAAUCCAGAGGUGCGAAAAGUGGUUGAUCAAUCUAUUCAGGAUUAUCUUACUGAGUAUUUAGAAUUGCAUCCAGAUGUACUGGAUUCAAUACUUUCUAAAGCUCUUAAUGCUUUUAAGGCAGCUCUGGCAGCAAAAAGAGCAAGAGAAUUGGUGAGACAAAAGAGUGUAUUGAGAUCUUCAUCUCUUCCGGGAAAACUAGCUGAUUGCUCAUCUUCAAAUCCUGAAGAAUGUGAAAUCUUUAUAGUUGAAGGGGAUUCAGCUGGAGGAAGUGCUAAACAAGGGCGUGACAGGCGCUUCCAGGCCAUUCUCCCUCUGAGGGGUAAGAUUCUGAAUAUUGAAAGGAGGGAUGAAGCAGCAAUGUACAAAAAUGAAGAGAUCCAAAAUUUAAUUCUUGGUCUUGGUCUCGGUGUGAAGGGAGAGGAUUUUAAAAAGGAUGCACUCCGGUAUCAUAAGAUUAUUAUUUUGACUGAUGCUGAUGUGGAUGGUGCUCACAUCCGAACUUUGCUACUGACAUUUUUCUUCAGAUAUCAGAAAGCUUUGUUUGAUGAAGGUUGUAUAUAUGUUGGUGUUCCACCAUUGUACAAGGUUGUCAGGGGAAAACAAGUGCACUAUUGCUAUGAUGAAGCUGACCUUAAAAAGCUUCGAAGAUCAUUCCCUCCUAAUGCAUCAUACAACCUGCAAAGGUUCAAAGGGUUGGGAGAGAUGAUGCCUUUACAAUUAUGGGAAACAACCAUGGAUCCAGAACGCAGGUUACUAAAGCAAUUAAAAGUUGAGGAUGCAGCAGAAGCAAGUAUUGUUUUUUCCUCUCUUAUGGGUACUCAGUUAGAUGUGGAGAAAUGGAAUGGCUUCCAUAUUAGCCAUCCACUACAAUAUAAAGCACAAUUUUUCUAUAUGGCCUGGAACGUGGAGAGGUCUGAAAUGAAGCAAGGCUCCUGUUUUUUCAUGGAGCCAUUGAUGUUACCUUCACAAGUUAUCAUUACUAAGCUCGUCUUUGGUCCUGCCCUUAAUUGCAAAGUUAAAGUGUAUCGUGAUCAAACUGGGCGAGAGCGCCAAAAGAACAACUAA